AUGAGCCAAGACCUGGCCAAAGCACCCAUCCACCCUGUUUCAUCCUCAGCUCUCCCCCCGAGCUCCCCAUCCUCAUCCUCUGACGGCAGCGACUCGUCCUUCUUUGCCAGUCUCGACUUCCACCUCCUCGGCGAAGACGAGCUGGUCCGACGUCUUAACACAAACACCACCCGUGGUCUUGCCUCAACAGAGUGCGCCACACGUCUAAAGAGCAACGGGCCAAACGUGUUUGAUCACCACCGUCCCAACUAUGUUAAGAAGCUGUUGUCCUACGUGUUUGGAGGAUUUUGUAGCAUCCUUUGGGUCGGAGUGAUCGUAUUCUUUAUUUGCUGGAAGCCAUUGAGCGACCCCCCUAUCGUCACCAACCUGGCCUUGGCCAUCCUAGUUGUAUGUUGA